AUGGCCCCUCUCAUUGCUCUCGAAGAACACUUCGACACCAGCCUCUUCCCGUCUGAUGCUCUUCACGAGAACUUGCCAUCUCAUCUGACCGAGCGCUUGCACGACCUUGGAGAGGGAAGGAUCAAGAAUCUCGACGCAGGCAAGACUUCACUCCAAGUACUCUCCCACAUCGGAUGCUGGACUCCUGUUAAAGAAUGCGUUGAAUCCAACGACCGUCUCGCUGCAGCAUGCAGACAGUACCCAGAUCGAUUUGCUGGUUUCGCGCAACUUCCGAUGCAGGAUCCGCAGGCUGCUGUUAAGGAAUUGGAGCGAACGGUUCGGGAGCUGCGGUUCGUGGGAGCGCUGCUGAACAACCAUACCGAGGAUGGAUCGAUGUAUGAUGAUCAGAAGUUCUGGCCUGUAUUCGAGCGGGCGGUUGAGCUUGAUGUGCCGAUAUACAUCCAUCCAACAUAUCCGGCAGAGAACAUGGAACGUCAUUACAAAGGAUCGUUUUCGCCUGGCGCCGCGAUCAUGAUGAGUACUGCGGGAUGGGGCUGGCACAGCGAGACUGGUCUGCACAUCCUUCGACUCUUCGCCAGUGGUCUGUUUGACAAGUAUCCGAAGCUGAAGAUUGUCAUCGGUCACAUGGGUGAACUUCUGCCCUACAUGCUCGACCGCAUCAUUCACAGCAGCCGCAACUGGGGCAAGUUCGAGCGAGACCUGCGCACCGUCUGGCGGGAGAACAUAUGGGUCACGUCAAGCGGCAUGUUCACGCUCCCACCACUGGAGUGUUUGCUCAAGAUGUCGUCGGCAGAUCAUGUGAUGUUUAGCGUUGAUUACCCUUUCUCGUCGACGGAGACUGGCCUGCAGUUUGUCGAGGAGAUCGAGAAAUCUGGACUAUUCAACAAGGAGCAGUUUGAGGGGUUUUGUCACGGGAACGCUGAGAAGCUAUUGAAGGUUGACAUUGCUGGGAAAUAA